CUUAGCGAAGCUUCUUCCUGUUUCUUCGGUCAACGCCACCUUGACUGAUCAUCUUCAACUCUCUCAGACCAUCAUCGGGAACGCAUUCUCAUUUCUCCGAUCACAAUUUCAGUUUCAAUGUUCAUUAAGUCCAGACAAAUUCAACUUCUCCAAGUUCAUCAAUGGCUGGUGGGUUAUUUUUGGGGGCUGUACUAGGGGUCGCUGUUACUAAACUAUCAGAUGUCAUCAUAGACGUAUUAAAGAAACCCUCGCAGUUUAGCUCCGAGCUCACUAAAAUACGAGAAACUAUCACGAGAAUCAAGCCGAUCUUUGAUGAAAUCGAGAAACUAACUAAAGUAUUGGAUCGACCGAAACAUGAAAAUGAUAUGUUCAUCGCUCAGAUGAAAGGCGCAGAAGCCCUAAUUCUGAAAUGCAAGCGUGUCAAAUGGAAUUUAUACAAGAGAUACUCUUACGCGUUGAAAUUAGAUGCUUUAAAUAAAUCGAUGCUGGAAUUCUUUCGGUUUGAUGUUCAGUUGGUGAUGGUACGAGAUCAGAAAGUGAUAAUGAGUAUGAUGAAAGGGGAUUCAAGUCGUUCAUCUUGUAGGAUUCCGUCGCUGAAGGGUUCUGUGAUAGGAUUCGAAGAUCGAGUUAGAAAAUUGAAGGAGAUGGUCCUCAAAGAUUCAGUCGGAGAUGAAUGUUCAGUUGUAGUUGUUUCUGCUCCAGGAGGCUGUGGGAAGACUACGUUGGUAACUAUGCUCUGCCAUGAUCCCGAAAUUAAAGAAAAUUUUGGUGGAAACAUCUACUUCGCUACCAUCUCAGACACCCCCAAUUUAAAAAUCGUCAUAAAAAAUUUACUUGAGAGAAAGGAAGCCGAUUUUAUUAACGAUGAUGAUGCAAUCAAUCAAUGGGGAAGCUUUUUAGGAGAAAAUGGAUCUGAAGUACUAUUAGUACUGGAUGAUGUAUGGCCUGAUUCCAUUACCAACCUGUCUGAUUCCAUUAUUAACCGCUUCAAGUUCAAUCUCAAAGGAUACAAGAUUCUGGCUACAUCUAGGAUCACUUUUACAGAAUUCAAUACAUAUCAAUUGAAACUUCUGAACGAACAAGAUGCCACCACACUGUUUAAUUACUCUGCAUUUUCAGAACAUGUGAAUGAAUAUAUACCAUAUAAUCUUGUUGACAAGCUGGUGAAGUGUUGCAAGAAACAUCCACUAACCCUUAGUGUGAUUGGUGGUUUGCUAAAGGGUAAACCCCUUGUAAGUUGGCGUAUCAUGUUGAACAAACUAUCUGAUGGGCAGCAAUCUGUUUUGGAUUUGCAUCAGUCUAUAGAACAUUGUCUAGCACGAAGUUUGGAUGUGUUUGAAGAAGAAUCUGUAAUCAAGCAAUGUUACAUGGAUUUAGGAUUAUUUCCUGAAGAUGAGAAAAUAUCGGCUACAAUGCUUAUGGACAUUUGGGUUCAUUUAUACAAUCAUGAUGAACACGGAUUUGCUACCAUAGAACGCCUCUUAGAGCUCUCUUAUAGCAACCUUGCAACUCUAUUGCCAAUUCGGUAUUUGGCUUCUGAAUUCAAUUUAACAUUAAGAAAUAAACUUAAUGGUUUGCCAAAUUUGAAUAAAUUCUCAUUUGAUUGCAGGAUAGAUUCGCCUAUGAUUGCCAACUAUUGUGAGGAGAAAGCUGUCAUACAACACGAUUUGAUGAGAAUGCUAGCUAUUCGUUUGAGCAGCCAAGAGCCAAUAGAGCAUAGAAAGAGGUUAAUCAUAAAUGCAAAUGGACAAGACCUUCCCCAAUUGCCUCAUACUAUUAAUGCCACUAUAUUGUCCAUUACCACUGAUGAAAGAUUCUCUUUAAAAUGGGAUGACAUUCGAGCCCCUCAAGUGGAAGUUUUCGUGUUGAAUUUCAUGUCAAAGGUAUACCACUUACAACAAUUCAUGCAAACCAUGAAGAAAUUAAAGGUUCUAAUCAUAACAAACUACGGGUAUAACUUCUCAGACCUUCAAAACUUCCCCUCGCCACAAUCUUUAUCCUGUCUAACUACAAUUAGGUUAGAACACGUUUCAAUAUCUUCAAUCUCGACAUCAAUCCUAGGGUUAGAAAACUUGCGAAAAAUGUCAUUGAUCAUGUGCAAAAUAGGCGACAGUUUCGACGAAUACAUACCCAAUAAGUUAACAACAACGCUUUCGGAGAUGGAGAUAGACUCUUGCGAUGAUUUGAUCACAUUUCCUUCAAUGUUUUGCAAUCUAGUCAACCUUAGAAAACUAAUCAUUACUAAUUGCCAUGAAUUGAGUUCGCUUACCGAAGGAUUUGGGAAUCUGACGAAUUUGGAAGUUUUGCGGCUUGCAUCGUGCUCGGAUCUUAAAGAAUUGCCUGAAUCGAUGAGAAACAUGCAGAAAAUGAGGGUUAUUGAUCUAUCUGACUGUUUGCGUCUGAAGAAGUUGCCAUGGGAGAUUGGUGAGUUGAGUAGUCUACGGAUGAUUCAUAUGAGAGGUUGCACUGGGCUUCAUGAGCUUCCAUUGUCAUUCAAUGAUUUAGGCUCACUGGAAGUUGUUUGUGAUGAAGAAAUAGCAAUGCUAUGGAGGGAUUUCAAGGAUGUGAACGUACAAUUGGUGGAAGAAGAUAGAAUUGCUACCCUUUCGAAGAUUAUCCAAAGAGAUGUGCAUGUUUAAUCAGGUUUUAAGUUCAAGGCUGAUAAUCACGUAUUCACCUUCUUUGCUAAUAUGAUAUAUUGCGAUUUACCUUCUCAUAUUUGCCAUUAGUAGGGCAUUCUUAUGUUGGUUGUCUUCUCUAUCUAUUGAACUUUUAAUGUAUGUAAAAUUUUGGAUACAUGUUUUCUUGAUGUUUCAUGUAACCUAUUUAACUAUACCCAAUAUUGGUAUUUGUCCGUUUA